UAACCAUAUCUCCUAUUUUCUUUCAAUAACCAAACCCAAAAAAAAAAAAGAACAGGAACUUUUUGUAAUACUUUGUCGGUACAACUUAAAAGAAGAGAAAAAGUAAGAUAAAAAUGAGAAGAGUUAGUUGGUCUACUGUUUUGAUCGUGGUGUUGAUGGUGGCGUUAUUUGUGGUAGAACACGUGGUGGUUCCAGCUGCGGCGGGGAGGGUUCUAACAGACAAAUCUGAUAACGGAAGUGCGAGGAUGACGGUGGAGCAGAUGAAGUCGACGGUGGACUCGUGGUUUCAACGUCUGGCGUCCGGUCCGAGUCCAAGAGGUCGAGGCCAUUAAAUUACUUUCUUUAGUUUUUUUUCUGGUUGGAGGAGAUUAAUGUAUCUCGAUAUAAUCCAUAUGUGUAUACCAGAACAAACGGUGAAAUACUGUAUUCCAUUCAUUUGUUUUAUUUUUUUUUUGAGUUCUUUUAGGCAAAAUUUAUUAUAUAUGUAGUGACACAGAAACUAAAACCCUCAAUAUACUUGUACAUGAUUUUACUUUUGCUGGUUGCUGCUAAUUUUAAUAAGAUUUUGAUUCAUCUGGUUUAA